CCUAUAAACAUUCUAAUCAUCACCUGUGCUCUUUACAACUUCAUUUCUUUUUUGUCUUGUUUGUCCAUCCUAGCAAAGAUUGCAGUGUGUAUUAAUCUCCAAAUCAACCAAGUUUCUCAUCUCAUCAUUAUAUAUGUUAAAAACCAUUCAUUUGUAACAGGCCGGACUAGCUACUCCAGCCAUGACACCAUUCCUAACAAUCUUAUUCCUACUUUCCUUUGCUUCUUCUCUCUCAAACUCUCUUCCUCUCUCAGCAAGCUCAAGAUGGAUCAUGGAUGACCAAAGUGGGGAAAGGGUGAAGUUGGCCUGUGCUAGUUGGGCAGGCCACUUGGAACCCAUGUUGCCCGAGGGCCUAGACAGGAGGCCUUUAAGCCAGAUUGCCACACACGUCUCAACAAUGGGGUUCAACUGCGUGCGGCUAACAUGGGCCACCUAUAUGUUCACUCGCUACGCCAACAUGACGGUGGUUCAGUCGUUUGGCGAUCUGGGAUUGACCGAGGCGAUUUCAGGCCUAGCCAGUAAUAACCCGAACCUCUUGAGCCUGAAUCUGGUGGAUGCUCGGAAGGCGGUGGUUGAAGAGAUUGGUAGACAUGGGAUCAUGAUGGUGCUUGAUAACCAUGUUAGCAAACCCAUGUGGUGCUGUGCUGACCACGACGGUAACAGCUUCUUCGGCAGCGUCUACUUUGAUCCUGAUGAAUGGUUACAAGGCCUAGCCAUUGUUGCUAACAUCUUCAAGGAUACGCCCAUGGUGGUAGGCGUGAGCUUGCGCAACGAGCUACGCGGCCCCUUACAGAACGUGGAUGUAUGGUACAAAUACGUAGAGAAGGGUGCAAAGGCGAUCAACAACGCAAACCCAAACCUCCUGGUAAUCAUCUCCGGGCUGAGCUACGAUCUGGAUUUCAGGUUCCUGAAGGAGAGGCCAUUGAAGCUGAAGAUGAUGAAGAAGAAGGUGGUUUACGAGACGCAUCGCUACGCGUUCACGGAGGGGCAGUCGAAGGCGUGGAUGAAAGGGCCAUUGAACAAGGUGUGUCACGACAUCACACGAGAAAUGGAGGAGAAGGAAGGGUUCUUGGUUAGGGGGGGAAACCCAGGCCCACUGUUUGUGAGUGAGUUUGGGAUUAACCAAAUGGGAGAUUCUGAGGCUGACAAUCGUCACUUGCCGUGCAUGCUUUCGUAUUUGGCUGAUUUGGAUUUGGAUUGGAGUGUUUGGGCUCUCCAAGGAAGCUAUUACCUUAGGGAAGGGAAGCAUGGUCCAGAUGAAACAUAUGGCAUGUUUACUACCAAUUGGACUGCCCUUAGAAAUCCCAAUUUCCUCUCUAAAUUAGAGUUUCUGCAACAAAAACUCCAAGAUCCGAUGUCAAGCGAACCAACUUAUCAGUUAUUGUACCAUCCACUAAGCGGGCGAUGUGCACGAGUGGUCGGCGACCAAAUACACAUGAGCGAUUGUUCGGGUGCGAGUCGAUGCAUCCAAGAGGCAGAUGGGAAGCCAAUACACAUGAUUGGGUCUUUGAAAUGCUUGGCAGUUGUUGGGGAAGAUCUUCCACUCACCCUCUCCACAAUCUGCAAUGAUGGGCAAAGUAAUACUUGGAGCUUGGCUUCCAAUUCAAUGUUUCAACUAGCUAAUAAAGGUGACAAUGGAUUGGUAUUGUGCUUGGAUUUCGAUUCCUCGUACUCUCCCUCAACGAUUUUGACAAGAAAGUGUGUUGGUUUGGAAGAGGGUGACAUGAGAAAUCCUCAAACUCAGUGGUUUAAGCUCAUUGCAUCAAAUACAAAGUAGAUAAAGAUUGAGAUUUACAUAUAUAUAAUUUAUAUUUGAACCCGUGUGGUGCAAAAUAAUGUAACAUCUAACAUACAUAAUUAGGUUUGCUUUACAAAGUAAACCAUGACAAAGGUCCGGAGAAAGGCAAAUUUUUUAACAAAUAAUAAAUUUUCAUGUUUAUUUC